AUGUCUGAGCACACGGUCCUCCUGAUCCUGACACUUUUGGGCAGCGCUGCCCUUUCCGGCGCCUCCACCGCUGUCAACGCGUGCGGCCGCGCGGACGAGCAGCUCUGCGACUUCGCCUGCGACUGCGGCGACUGCUCCGACGAGAACCAGUGCGGGUACCUCGGGGUGUCGCUGGUGCUGGGCACCCCCUUCACCUGCGACUUUGAGGAAGGCGACUGUGGCUGGCGGGAUGUGAGCACCUCGUCUURCAGAUGGGUGCGGGGCCGGGCCAGCCUGGCCGCCUGGGGCACGGGGCCGCACUCGGACCACAGCGUGGGCACAGAUCUGGGCUGGUUCAUGGCUGCAGCGGAUCCCCCCGGAAAGACACCAGUCACAGCCUGGCUGCAGUCACCAGUGAUGCGGGAAGCAGCUGCCACUUGUGAGAUCCGGGCCUGGUAUCACCUCUCGGGAAGCGGUGAGCGCACUCCAGGGCUCAACGGGACAGAGCGACCAGCGCUGCGCCUGACCCUGGCGACUGCGGCCGAGACGGUGGAGCUGUGGCAGAGCCCCGAGCGCGGAGCUGAGGGCUGGCACGAGCUGGUGGCGUUCCCGGGCCGGACCGCGGGGCCCUUCCAGCUCACCUUCUCUGUGACACCGUCACCCGGCCGUGGGACGCAGCUGGCGCUGGAUGACAUUGUGUUCAGGAACUGCGGCUUGCAGAGGCCGGGCAGGCAGACGUGUGGGCCCGAGGAGGGCGCAUGCCAGCGGGGCUCCUGCGUGGCUCUGGAGCACUUCUGCGACGGCACCGACGACUGCGGGGACGGCUCGGACGAGGCUGCGCCGCGGUGCCAGGCCGUCAGCGCGUGCACCUUCGAGGGAGGCCUGUGCCUCUGGGAGGCGGAGGCCGGGCUGGCCGCGUGGCAGCGAAACAGCAGCGCGAACCUGGCGCCCGCGCCCGGCCGCCCGCUCCGCGACCACAGCAACAGCAGCAGGGCAGGUUAUUUCCUCCACGUGGGCAGCACCAGCGGGGUGGCCAGGCUGAGCAGUCCCAGUUUCCAGGCCACCAGUUCCUGCUCUCUGGUGCUUUACUGCCACCUCCACGGCUCUGCCACCAGCCGCCUCAGCAUUUACUACGUGACCGCCUCCACCAAGGAGCUGCUGCGGGAGCGGACRGGGGACCUGGGCGCCUGCUGGGUCCGGGAGAGAGUGGAGUUCAAUGUGACAGAGACCUUCAAGGUGCUGAUCGAAGGAGUGGCCGGCGACGCGGGGAUGGUGGCCCUUGACGACUUGAUCCUCUCUCCAGACUGCAAGCAGGAGCAGGAAAAGCCCCAGAUUUCGCUGCCGAGCCGGGGCCCUGCCGGCCCGUGCGCAGCCCAGGAGUUCGCCUGCGACAGCGGGCAGUGCAUCAGCGACGAGCUGGCCUGCAACUUCGUGGAGAACUGCCCUCUGGGCUCCGAUGAGAAGCACUGCGGAGCGACCACCUUUGAGGAGGGCGCCGGCGGCUGGCACGAUGUUAGCGUGGGCCGGCUGCGCUGGGAGGUGCAGCGAGCUGCCGAGCCCGCGGGCAGCACCCGCGGCGGCGCAGGGGCUUUCCUGGCCCUCCGGAGCGGGGCAGGGCAGAUGGUGGCCGUGGCCACAGCGCGCACACCGCCACUGGGCCCCUCCGGGCCAGCCUGUGCCAUGGAGAUGAACUACCGCCUCCCCAGUGGCCACCAAGGUUUCCUCGCUGUCCGUGUGGUCGAGCGYGCCACGGGCACCGCGCAGCUGGCCUGGCGGGUGCAGGGCCGCRGCAGCGCAGCCUGGCAGCACGGCCGCAUCCUGCUGGGCGAGCGGCCCAGGCCCUUCCAGGUUGAGCUGCUGGGUCAGGUGAGUCUGCAGGAGACGGUGAGCGCGGCCGUCGACAACGUGACCUUCGUGAGCUGCGACCCCGGCGUCGCUCCGCCGGAGGCUGCCGAGCUGUCUUGCAACUUCGAGACGGGCAYGUGCGGCUGGUACCAGGAUCAGCGCAGCGACUUCCAGUGGGUCCGAGGCACGGGACAGGGGCAGGGCUCCGACCACACCACUGGCUCAGGCUACUUCCUCGCUGCUGACCCCGCCGCACCAGGGACGCGUGGGCAGCGGGCACAGCUCAUCACCGCAUACCAGCAGCCGCCCGCCGCGGCGCAGUGCCUCUCCUUCUGGUACCGCAUGGCCGGCCCGCAGAUCGGCACCCUCAACCUCAAGCUGAAGCGUGAGGAAGAGGAGGAGCUGGUGCUGUGGACCAGGAGGGGGGCCCAGGGCAGCGUGUGGCACCGGGGCUUCGCCACGCUCAGCCUCAAGGGAGAGCGCGCGUACCGGCUGAUCUUCGAGGCCCUGCGCGACGGCUUUGUGGGCAGCGUGGCCCUGGACGACGUGACGCUGCGCGCGGGGCCCUGCGGCGCCCAGGACUUCUGCUCCUUCGAGGCGGGCACCUGCGGGCUGGUGGCCAGCGGGCAGCCCGCCUGGCUGCGCCAGAGCAGCGGCAGUGGCGCUGAUGGCCCGCUGGCCGACCACACCACCCGCACGGCCACAGGCCAUUACAUGCUGGUUAGGACCAGCAAGGGCUCCUUGCCCAUGGGAGGUGUGGCCACGCUCUCCUCCGAGCUCUACGAGUCCUCCGCACGAGGCCAGUGCCUGACCUUCUGGUACCAGCUGGGCGACGAGGCCCCAGGUUCCCUCAGCGUCUUCGUGGAGGAGAGCGGCAUGCAGAGGAGGAAGAUGUUUACUGUGAGCGCCAUGCAGGGGAGCUCCUGGCACCAUGGCCAAGUCACUGUCCAGGCAGACCAAGAAUGGAGGGUGAUAUUCGAGGUCACAGGAGGCGGCGGUGACCRUGCAUACAUCGCGCUGGAUGAUCUGCGUGUGAUGGAUGGUGCUUGCUCUGAACCAGGUUCUUGUGACUUUGAGUUGGACAUGUGUGGCUGGAGCAGCCCCUCUGAUGACAAUCCGCACGGCUUUGCCUGGGGCUGGAAGAGCGGAGUCCCCCUGGACAAAUACCCUGGCCCUGAGCAGGAUCACACUCUGGGCACAAAGGACGGUCGCUACGUGUACUUUGAUACCAGUGUGCUGGGCCCUGGGGGCACCGCUGCCCAGCUGGAGAGCCAGCACCUACCUGCUGCUGCAGCCUCCUGCCUCCGCUUCUGGUACCACAUGGACAUCCCGGAGCACCUCUCUGGCGGGGAGCUGCGCGUGCGGCUGCACAGCGCCGAGGGGCAGCGCACGGCGUGGAGCGCGCCCGGGCGCCAGGGCCGCGGCUGGCUGAGCGCCGCCGUGCCCGUGCAGAGCCCCAGCGAGUUCCAGAUCGUCUUCGAGGUUGCCGCCAGCACGUGGCCGAUAGGAGGGACCGUCGCGCUGGAUGACGUGGCGUACAGCCCUGGAAAGUGCCAGGAUCCCAGCCCAGGCGUGUCAGGGAAAGAGAAGUCUUCCAGCGGCCUUGUGGCAGAGGUGGUGAUCGGCCUCCUCCUGGCCCUCCUAGUCCUGGCCAUGGUCAUGGCAGGAGGUCAUUACUUGUUGAAGAGGAGAGGGCAAGCGAGCAGGAUGGCAGCAGAGAGCAGUGCCCCACAGGGCUUUGACAACAUCACCUUUCAAGAUGUAAGGAAUUGGGCCUGA